UUUGUUCCUUUCCUCUUUUAUUCUCUUCCUCUCUCACGUGUUAGCUUGAAUUGCAUGCAUGUGAAUUGGGUUGCUUAUGCCUCAAAAUUUGAUUAGAAACCAAAAAAUUCAAACAUUCCUCUUCACCUUUCUCUCUCCCCACUUUCCAAUUUGCGACCCUAGAACUCUACAUGAAGUGCUAAAUUGAGAUGUUCAUCUCACUAUAUGGUUAAAGAAGCUUGUUUUGGAGAAGAAUUGGAGCCAGGGUAUCAAGAGAUUAAAGAAAAGGGGCAAAGCAUCAAUUCUUCAUUCUCCUCUUCAAUUGUCUAAGGAAUAUCUUGGAGAAUCAUCAAAUCAAGUUGAAAUCGAGUGGUGUGCUUAAUUAAAUGGGGGACGAGGACGGAAGUGACAAAUCAAGGAGAGUUGUUUUUUUGACUGUAGGGACGACUUGUUUCGAUGCUCUUGUGAGAGCUGUGGAUUCUGAAAAUGUUAAGAAAGAGUUGCUUGCAAAAGGGUACACUCAUCUUCUCGUCCAAAUGGGCCGUGGAUCCUAUGUUCCUACCAAGAAUCUUGUAGAUAAUUGGGUGAUGCAGCGUCGAUGGAAGUCGAAGUCUUGGAAGCUUGCUUGAUUAUUAGUAUGUGGGCUAACACCUGCUAAAUUUAUGCAAUGCUUUCAAUGGCGGAAAGCCAAAAAUAUGCCAUAUAAACACGACAUUGCGGCCCAUGGUGCCACCAUGUCUGAAGGAGAAGGUUCAUUGGCUGUUGACUACUUCACUUUUUCUUCCAGUAUUGCAGAUCAUCUCAGAUCUGCCUCUCUUGUCAUUAGCCAUGCAGGGUCAGGUAGCAUAUUUGAGACAUUGCGGCUACGCAAACCUUUAAUUGUGGUUGUAAAUGAAGAUUUAAUGGAUAAUCAUCAAAGUGAACUUGCAGAAGAACUUGCCAACACAAAACAUUUGUAUUGUGCUAGUCCACAAACACUCCAUCAAACUGUAGCAGAUAUGGAUUUAAAUUCUCUACUUCCUUAUACUCCAGGUGAUGCAACACCAGUGGCCAAGCAUAUAAACAGAUUCCUUGGUUUUCCUGAUGAUUGAUCUGAAGGCUUUCACUUUUUUUUCCUGGUUAAAAGUUGUGGUGAGGGGAUAAUAAUCUCUAUUUUGGUUAACAUACGUGCUUGAUGUUCAGGUGUAGUGAUUUUUUUUUUCUUCUAUAAAUCAGACAUCAUGUUUAAAUAUGUUAUUUAUAGCUUCUUUUUUUGGUCCAGGCUCUUGUUAUAGUAAGUGUGCGCCCAUACAAGGGGUUAAAGUUUGAAAACAACAAUGCCCACCCCUACAUUACUAAAAACUCUCCCGAAGUGUAUUUUCAGAUGGGGGCAAAAACUGUAUUUUUAUUUGUAAGCACACUUCCGGACAGCACAAAAACUGUUAUUUCCUACGUGUGUUUGAAAUGGUUUCUGGGAUUGAAAAAAAAUUCGUCCCUUUGACAUUUUUUUUCUUUAACAAUAUACUAAUCUGAUGUUUUAUUUAAGAAGAAUCAAGCUUCUUGCCA